AUGCUUCCAAAAGUUGCUCCUCAAGGCUCAGGCGUCUACUGGGUGCUUGCGAGCGCAUUACUAUGCGCGUCGGUUCUAGCCCAAACCUCUGAACCUGGCCCGGAGGACUUUCGGAACACCACCGCCGUGCCCACGGGGGAGUGGUUCAGCAGCACGGUCCCGCUGCAGCCGGACCUACUGACGGAAGGUCGGGUCACGACGGAGUUGGAGACGCAAACGCCGACAAGCAACUACUCAGGCCUGUCGUGCACACCUGUUCUUCCCCCACGGAGGGGCUCCUUCUACGUGGAAAGCGGCACCGGGGUGUCUGUGGGCAGUGUCUUAGCCUUCUGGUGUCGAGGCGGCUACCAGCUAGUGGGCAGCGAUAAAAUCUACUGCAAUGUCCGCAACGGAAAAGCUCAGUGGAGCAACUACCUGCCCGUGUGUGAAGCAAUCCCUCGGCCAGAGGACCGCGGGUUAAGAGUGGCGGUCUUAGCGUCGGUGGUUAGCGGAGUCGUCAUCCUCGCCAUGUCGUUGGCUUUCCUCGUUUGCUGCUUGCAGGAAAGAUCCAGCAAGAAAAAAGCCAAAAAAGACGUUCGGAUCCGACGCAGGGGAAAGCGGUCGGCCCGACGCGGCGAGCGAUGGCUGGACAGGGAGGAAGGAGAGUGGGAGGCAUUCCCUCCACCGAAGAUUUUCCAUUUGUCGCAAAGGAUGAACCCUCGGCUAGCGCCAGAUAGCCCCCUCUACCUGACGGGAGGUCUCGGCGGAUAUGAAAACAGAGGAUAUCAGAGGAGUCAGGAGAGUCUCCUAAAAGCCACGCCUCCUGGAGUCUACCGCUCCGAGUCCCAACUCUACCCGCACGUGGUCCUCCAGCGGGUCCUUCCCCCGACGGCCCCCUCGGCGCCAUCGGCCCCGUCCGCUCCUUCGGCCCCGCUCUACCUCCACCUCCCGGCCCCCUCUUCCUCCUCUUCUUCCACUCCGGCCCACUCCCAAGCUCCCCUCAUUGGUCAGUACCCCGCUCCGACGUACCCGCCCAACCCCAACGCGUCAUUUCAUCAUCCCGUCCCAGCCCCCAUCUACCCUAACCCCAACCCGAGGCCGCAACAGCCAUGGCAGUGA